AUGGCUAAUAACAAUUCAUCAUCAUGUUCUGAGUAUGAUGAACUUGGUUUCUACCUUCCACCAUUAUAUAAAAUAUUUUUUAUAACAAGUUGUGUUACACUUAUACCUGGUAUCGCAAUAAGUUUAAUUUAUUUAUUUGUUGUAAUAUGUCGAUAUAAUACAGCAAUACAAAUUAAUAACCAUUGCCUUUUUUUGAACUAUUCUAUUGCUUCUAUAACAACAUUAUUACAUGCACCGUUGCGUCUGUAUUUUUUUAAACAUAAUGGAUGUAAUCCACGACCGGGUAGUGCUCUUUGUUAUGUAUAUAUUUAUGCUGAUUAUGCACCAUCUUCAAUGAGUCAAUAUUUAACAGCACAAAUAUCGGUUGAACGUAUAUUUCUUAUUUUAAAACCAUUCGUAUUUCGUCGAGGACAUAUAUUACCGAUCUAUUUACAUUACAUGACAAUCACAUGUGGUUUAUUAUUGCCUUCUUGUUUUUAUGCAAGUGUUUUAUGGACGUCACAUGCAACAAUAACUGGUAAAGAACGUGAAAGGUGCGAUUUGGAGCAUCAAAGUAACACACUAGCAAAUAUUAAUUUGAUUAUUGAGUUUGCACCAUACUUAGUUAUAGUUUAG